UCACCCAGAGAUGCCGUCACCAUGAUGACCCUUAUCUGCUCCAGUAUACGCCCCCUUCGAGUGCGAAAUAGACAUCAUUCAAUCGGAUAGAAGGCAGCUGUCAGCAGGUCAAGGAUGGAGACUGUUUUCGUGUUUUUUCUACUUCUACAAUUGACAGUGCCAGCCUUGGGUGUAUAUAAAAGAUGGCUGCUAAGCACCAACUUCAAUAACCCAAACAACUGGAACGCUGGGCGCGCACCUUGCGGAAAUGACGUAGUGCUGAUCACCGAUGGGAGUCCUGUGGUUUAUGUACAGACCAAUACAACACUGAAGGAACUGGUUCUUCCAGACAAUGGGGAGAUACUUUUCGGGAAGAAUUCCAUCCUUGCCUUUACGGACGCUAGCGACCCGAACUGUCCGCCAUUUGACGGCGAUGUGGAAUACGUGGUAUCCGCACCCCACAAGUGGGUGAACCCGGACAACUGGUGCCCCACGGGCACAGAGAAUGGAGCAUGCUCCCCCAUGCCACUGCUAGACUCGGAGAGGGUACCCUGCGCCACAGACGACACCGUCUUCCCCCGGGACGAGGCCUUCUUCGUCGACCUUGACACUGGUCUCGACAUCAACGUCAAGUCGCUCAAACUGUCAGGCAAGUCGUUUACCACCACGACCUUCAUCAACUAUAUACAGUCUCCAGACGGUCAGAGAAUUUUCCCGCCACCCAAAGGCACGGGAGUCACGCGAUCGAGUGUCACAGUCUCCAGACAGAAUUGUAACGACCCCACAGGCUGCACGUGCGGCAACGACCAAGGGCAGAUCUUCAAGAAGAUUUGUUCCGUGUUUACACCGAAAUGCCCGCGAGCUCAAUGUCGGAUCCCGUUUCGACCUAUGGGCUCCUGCUGUGACGUUUGUGGCGCCAUGUUCAAUGGCACGGUUGGAACUGGGUUCAGUAUUGCGACUUUCAAGACCAUCUUACAGGGAUUCGUAUCUGCACAGAAUGGUAACGCAACGGUGAAGCUGAUCGUGUCGAAGACGGGGAUGGGCUUUAUACAGGCAGUUCUCACUGGUGAUAACGGAGACAUCAGCAUCCCGGUCGCACAAACCAUCAAGUCGGACAUGGACGCGGAUGCCCGGACAGGGGGCCACAAGUACCGCCUGGACGGCAUCCAGCUGAUGGAGUCCUCGGGAGCAAUACAUCCCACGUCUGGCCCGGGUGCUCAUACAGGCGGGCAACUGGGCGGAGGGUCGAUCGCAGGGAUCAUCAUCGCCCUUAUCGUGCUGACGGUCCUCGUGUUGUUUGGGCUGCUGUUCUUUAGAAAGAAAACCGGGAAGUCUAAUAACAUGUUGGACGAUAUGCUCGACAUCCCCAACAAAGUGAGACGUACCUUGCCACGUGGUCGGCGCGUGCCAGGUGACGUCAGCAGUCCCCGCUAUGAGAUAGAGAUGACCGAUCCUGGCUUUGGGAACCCGCUGUAUGGAGAUAUCGGGGGCGUGGUCGUCGGUGACGUUAGGCCCAUGGAAAUGAUGGCGGCGGAGAUCCAGCCAACCUUCGACACAACUGAUGAUGGUUUCAACAACCCGCUGUACGCUUCCGUCACCCAGGAUGGAACAUUCGUCGGAAAGGGCAACAAAGCAUCAUCAAAACAAAGCAAAGAAGACCGAGGUUCUGACAGCAAUAUAUAAUUUAAAUAUUUCCAUUAAAUCAAAUUUAAUUAAUACAGAUUAUAAUGAUUUGAUUGUGAUUCUUUUCAAAAUGAUACAUAAAAUUAUAAUCAGUUGUUGACGAAUUUGACAUACCAUGUGCCCCGUAGAGAUUCUGGGUUUGAUAUGGUUGUGCUGGGCGACCUAAUGGUUCGGUGGUCAGGCUCGAUAAUUUUGUUGACAGCGUGUCCUUAUUCACCGACGACGUUAUCGCUCACAAUAUCGAUCACUGCAUUGUCUUAUCCAGAUUCGAGUUUUUACAGGCCGCCGUAAUUGCUGGAAUAUUGCUGAGUGCGGCCUUAAAGAACAAACAAACAAACAAACACACAAGUAUUGUGAUAUGUUCAACAAACACCAACUGAAGGAAACAGAAAGACAAUGCAAACCCGCAAAAGCUUCAGUGAUUGAGAAUAGACUAGUGGGAUGGAUAUAUCAGAAUCAGAUCAUGUAUUUUUCGUUAACCAUCAAAAGUGCAAGUAACAGAGAUUAAAGUAUUGCUUGAUAAAUAGAACACAUCAACAAGCGUUGUGUUAAAGGAGUAUUAAUUAAUUGAAACAUUUGGAAAAUUAAAAGAUGUUUCAGUAUACAAAUAUCUCUCUGUUAAAGAAGAUCUUCACAUAAAAAAAGUGAAGUCCGUCUCCCAGUCGUCAUAUGAGUGAGUGAGUGAGUGAGUGAGUGAGUGAGUGAGUUUGGUUUUACGCCGCUUUUAGCAAUAUUCCAGCAAUAUCAUGGCGGGGGACACCAGAAAUGGGCUUCACACAUGUUACCCAUGUCGGGAAUCGAACCCGGGUUUCGGCGUGACGAGCGAACGCUUUAACCACUAGGCUACCCGACCGCCCCCAGUCGUCAUAUGGAUAUUGUUGAUUGUCAUAUCAUAAUUUACACGUACCAAGCUGAAGGUUUGCAAAGCGGGUUGUGCUAACUUACCCAAUAUGAGCAUCCAAUGUGAUACGAAUCGGUCCUAAAUCAUACCAUGGUAUCCAGAUACAUGAAGAGUUUUCCUGUAUUGUAAAACUCGGAAAAAAUAAUAAAAUAUUCAAUCAA